AUGGAGGCAAUGGCACACGAAGCCUCACAUCACCAACAGCAGGCAGCACAGAACAGCUUGUUGCCUCUCCUGAGCUCUGCUGUUGAGCCACCUGAUCAGAAGCCGAUUCUGCCCUUACCAAUAACGCAGAAACCUCAGCCUGCACCAGAAACAUUAAAGGAUGCUAUUGUUGGGAUUAAAAAGGAAAAACCUAAAACCUCCUUUGUGUGCACUUACUGCAGCAAAGCUUUCAGGGACAGCUACCAUUUGAGGCGUCACGAGUCCUGCCACACAGGGAUAAAAUUAGUGUCACGGCCAAAGAAAACUCCCACCACAAUGGUGCCCCUUAUCUCGACCAUCGCUGGUGACAACAGCCGAAGUUCAUUGGUUUCGACUAUCGCAGGCAUCCUGUCCACAGUCACUACGUCUUCCUCUGCCACCAACCCCAGCAGUAGUGCCGGCGCAACGGCUAUGACAGUGACUCAGACGGUGAAGAAGCCCAGCAAGCCCGUUAAGAAGAACCACGCUUGUGAGAUGUGCGGAAAGGCCUUCAGGGAUGUCUACCACCUCAACCGGCACAAGCUGUCCCACUCAGAUGAAAAACCCUUUGAAUGUCCAAUUUGCAAUCAGCGCUUCAAGAGAAAGGAUCGCAUGACCUACCACGUGAGGUCUCAUGAAGGUGGCAUCACGAAACCAUACACCUGUGGUGUUUGUGGAAAAGGCUUCUCGAGGCCUGAUCAUUUAAGCUGUCACGUUAAACAUGUUCACUCAACAGAGAGACCCUUCAAAUGCCAAACGUGCACUGCUGCCUUUGCCACCAAAGACAGACUGCGGACACACAUGGUGCGCCAUGAAGGAAAGGUAUCGUGUAAUAUCUGUGGUAAACUUCUGAGUGCAGCAUAUAUCACCAGCCACUUAAAGACACACGGGCAGAGCCAAAGUAUCAACUGUAAUACCUGUAAACAAGGCAUCAAUAAAACAUGCAUGAGUGAAGAGACCAGCAAUCAGAAGCAGCAGCAGCAGCAGCAACAGCAGCAGCAGCAACAUGUAACAAGUUGGCCUGGAAAGCAGGUAGAGACCCUGAGAUUAUGGGAAGAGGCCGUCAAAGCAAGGAAGAAAGAAUGUCAGUUCACCUUUGAGAAGGCUAUAGAGUACGUACCAUUCGAAGCUGCUAACUUGUGCCAAACCUCCACUGCUGCUACUACGCCUGUGACUCUUACUACUCCAUUCAAUAUAACGUCCUCUGUGGCUUCUGGGACUAUCACAAACCCAGUCACAGUGGCAGCUGCAAUGAGCAUGAGAAGUCCAGUAAAUGUAUCAAGUGCAGUUAAUAUAUCCAGUCCGAUGAACCUAGGGCAUCCUGUAACUAUAACAAGUCCAUUAUCCAUGACAUCUCCAUUAACGCUCACCACACCAGUCAAUUUACCUACCCCAGUAACCGCUCCAGUGAAUAUAGCGCAUCCAGUCACUAUAACAUCUCCCAUGAACCUCCCCACACCAAUGACGUUAGCUGGUCCGUUAAAUAUAGCAAUGAGACCAGUAGAAAGCAUGCCUUUCCUGCCCCAGGCCUUGCCCACGUCUCCUCCCUGGUAAAGAAUUUCUAAACAGUAUUAAAAAGGAUUAAAAUGGAAUCCUUACCAGCAGUUCUUUUUUGGGUUUUGUUUGGUUGUUUUUUUUUUUGUUGGGUUUUUUGUUUUGUUUUUUUUUUUGUUUUGUUUUAGUUAAUAAUAAAUUCAGACUAAGACACUGGGGCAACAUGCACCAUCAGAGACCAUAGUAGCAUCUUCCCCUGUUGAUUUGGCUCAUAUGGUUCAAACUUGAGUUUCACUGGAGCACUUCAUUUAAAGUAAGUUUUACUUUUUAGCUGACUGAUGCUGAAUUAGAGCAGAUACUUACUUGCCAGAGUUUAAAAAAAAAAAAAAAGUAAUUAAAAAACAGUUUUAUGUUUUAUUCCCCAAAUUAUAACUUAGAAAAUUAUUUUAAUCUAAACACUAGCACAGACCCCUCUGUAUCUUUAACAGGGUGGAUGGCUAAUUUUAACUUGCCGGUCAUUAAGUCCACUGUUUCUGAGCUAGUGUAGAAUCUUUGUCUGUGUUGAUGUUUUGUUUUUUUUUAUGAGUAAAUGCAUUACAAUGUUGUCAUUUAAAAAAAAAAAUGCAUUUUGGAGAAAAUAUGCAUUUUACCUUUGGGAAUAUGAUAAUUUCAGGCAGCAUUCCCUAUGGGAAAGGUGAUACCAGCUCUGAUAUGCAAAGCAUAUGAUAACUUAUCAUUCUAACUUCAACAUAUAAUAGGGAUUGUGACCUGAUAUUUGGAGAUGUAAAUAUUACCCAACAUAUUACCCUAAGGGAAUAUAGCAUUGUAGUCAACGUUUUUUUAAAAAAUCUGUUAUUGUUUAGUGAGAAACAGCCAUGGCUGACAGAAGAGGAGUCAAAAUGUAUGUAAACAUGGUCUCUGAACAGUCAGACCCCUAUGGGACUCUUAUCUAGGAGCAAAAGGAGUGCUUUGAAACUUAAGAAAUAUUGCUUUAAGCUGGAAGAUUCUGGAGGCACUGGGUAUGAUUUUUAUGCCCUCUGCCUCCCAAUCAGAGCCUGCUGGUGUUACAGCAGGGGACAGACGUGUUAGUUGUUCACUAGAAGUUUUGUCUUAUAUUAAAUUGUAUACAGUUUUUAUUCUAACCACUAACUAGGUAGGAUGCCCCUCCAGGACAAGCAGAGAGCGUCUUUUAAUUUCUCCCCUAUUUCUUAAUCAAGUGUUGUGCAAAUCUGUUCAACUUUGUAAAUAUUUGCAAACAUCAUCAUUUUUACGUUAUUCUUCUAUUGUGUUAACACAUUUCUAUCAAUUUGUGGGAGUUCUGGGGUGAUGGUUUAAACUAUCCAGCCCAGAACUUCUCCACAAAUGGUCACACAUGUUUAAGCUACAUGUGCUUUUUAUUUCUUAACCUGUUUAUCUGUACAUAAAGUAGAAAGCAAAAUCUAGGGAAACAGAUAUACUUUUUAGACUAUCAUGUCACAUAUUCACGUUUUUAAAACUUUGUUUAAAAAAAACCAACACCCUAAACCGAAGACUCUACAUUAAAAAAAAAAAAUAAAAUUGCAGUUGAGAUGUUUUUAUCUUAAUGAAGUUGAAAGCUAUGGAGAUUAGCGUGUGCGCAUUUUCACGGAGUGCUAGCAGGACUGACUAGUCAAAAUGGACUGCUUCCGUUUCUACCCUGCCGUGUCAGUACAAGCAGUGAUUGCCAGGCGGCUGGCUCAGGUGACAGGUAUCUGUAUCAUUACGUGAAACUGUUCUAGGGGCUUGGACUACAUAGUAAAACAAAAACAAAAACAAAAAAAUAGAGCUUAGUGUAAAAUAAUUUUAUAAAUGAUCUUUUGUACUUUAGGACAUCAAAUUGUACAACUUUUGUAUAUAUAAAAGCUUAGGAACUUUCUGUUUAGCAGAAAGGAAACACAUUCCUACACUUUUAAUGUAUAUGUUUGUUAUAAUGUCCAUGUAAACAUAUGCCCUAUGUUUGUGCCUUUUAAUUAGUUUGUCUCAAUAAACAAAAAUGUAGAGAAGAAUAUGUAGCUAUGACUUUGUUACCACUGUUCUUACUCCAGAUGUGUAGAGGUCUUUGUUUUUGCACUGUGUAGAGCAUUGCGUGCAGGCAGCUGCAUGACUUAGGCUGAUACGGCCGAAACGAGGCGUGCGAGGCGAACGCACCCCAGCGAAACUCCUUCCUCCCGUAGCGUAGAGCAGCCCGCGCUGGUGGGGCCUUGCAUGUUGGGAUGUGUAGUUUCCAAGCCAUCUCCGUCACCCGUGGCAGUGACACCAACUUGCACCAGUUUCACAUAGUAGGUGUAGCGUUCUGGAUCUGGGUAAAUGGCAGAGAUGACCCUUAGAUGACGUUUGGGUGUCCCUGAGCUUAAAAAAACAAAAGCAUUAAAAGCCGAUAUGAAAAUGUGUACUAGAAGUGGUUAUCUAUGAAUUACUUACAAUAAACAGGUGUGAGACUUAA